UUACGUGGGCUUAAAACCCAAAAUACACCACGGUCAACCCGAAAACUAUAAUUGGAGCUUUUCUUGUUAUUCUGCUUGGUUUUGGGGAAAAUGUCCAACAGGCAACUUCGUAAAAUUCAUGGUGGAAAGGACGGGCUAUCGACAUUGGCCUCUAGCCUUCUAUUAGAAGAAGAAGAGAUUGAAGAUGCAUCUUCCAUUAGAAAUGUCAACGGAAACCGAAAAAAGAAGUCUGCUGUCAAUAUGUUCGAUUUAUUACAUGAAGGUGAAGAUUCAGAUAGAGAAAGUGUUGAAGAAGUACCAUCCUAUGAUGAAUCAGAAGAAGAUACUCCACAUAUCGUGCAAACCGGAACUAAGCCAAAACAAAAGUCUAAAAAGAAGAAGAAGCAAAAUGUGCAACCGGAUGAAGAUGGUGAAGACUUGGAUGAUGAGUUCCUGGUUAAUGAAACACCUUUGAAUGGCCAUGGACUACCAGUCUGUAAACCAUCUCCUGUUAAAAAUGUCCUCAGUCUAGAGCAGAAAAAUCUUAAUUCUGACAAUGAGUUAAAAAAGAUUUUUGGCAGCAGAGUUGUUGUUUCAGCACAAAAAAAGAAGGCCAGAGGUAGAGCCUAUGUGAAAUCAACCUGGCUAAUUAAUGCCAAAGAUAACUGGUCCCAAAUUAGGAAAACAGGUCUUUCAAUGAGUCUGGAUCACACAAAGGAUGGUUGUUUUUAUUUUAAAUAUGAGCACAACAAAGAGUAUCGGCAAAUCCAAUACGAUUUCUGGGACGCCGUCAGCUCGUUGAAUCCCGCCAAUAUAGUAGCCCUUGUGAAUAUGUAUCCAUACCACAUAGAUUCAUUGAUCCAGCUCUCAGACAUAUGUCGGAUGAGUGAGGACCCACAAAUGGCAACAGAACUUAUUGAAAGAGCCUUGUACAUUCUCGAGAGUGCUUUCCAUCCAUCUUUUAAUUUGGCAUCUGGAAAUUGUCGCCUUGAAUAUAAGCAACAGGAAAACAGGGCGUUAUUCUUGGCCAUAUUCAAACACCUGGUUUCCAUCGGCCUGCGUGGCUGCUACCGAACAGCUUUAGAGUUUUGCAAACUGCUCUAUACUUUAGAUCUGGACUCCGAUCCUUUAGCUGUUAUUCUGAUGAUGGACUUUUACGCCAUUAAAGCCGGCGAAUAUUUGUGGUUUAUUGACUUCUUUAGAGCGUUCGAAUCCAAAAAGAACCUUUCUCAGCUUCCCAACAUGGCUUUCGGCAUUGCUUUGGCACAUUUCUAUAAUUCGAAAACCGACCCAAAAAGCCUUGCGCUUGCAGAUGAUUUCCUUAAACAGGCUCUGUUAAUGUUUCCAGGCGUAUUGGUACCUUUGUUGGAUAAGUGUUCCAUACAAGCUAACAGUAGGGUUAUCAAACAUGAAUACUUUUCACCAGCAACACCAUUUAGCCAUUCGCCGUCGUUAAACAAUUUAAUUCAACUUUACGUUGGGCGUUCGUUUCAUCUCUGGAAGGAUGCCGAACUACUUCCUUGGCUAGAACGAAACGCCAACAAUUGUUUAAAUGAGGUCGAUCGCCAGCCAUCUAUCGCCCAAGAUUUUGAGGAAAAGCGCAAAAAACGUUAUCAGGGAACGCCGAGAAAUAUCUACCGUCAUAUUCUUCUGUCAGAUAUCAAGGAUGCUACAGCCACGCUACCCCAGGAAUUGGCAGAGGCGGGUGCGGUCAUGUCCUUUGAUCCGUUACCGCCUGUAGAAUCGGUGUCGAGCUAUACAAGACCAAGCCGAGGUACCAACAACGUUACAGCCGCUAGCCAAUUGGAAGGAGGCUUGAUCAGUUCCUUCUUUCGCUCGUUGUUGCCCGGCUUUAAUCCACAAGAAGUAGUUAAUAAUCAGCCAGCCGUUCAGCGACAGCCUGGCAGGCCUCCCCGAGCCAACGUGGAAUUACAAGAAGAAGAUGAAAUAGCUGCAGAGGGCGCCGGUGCCAAUUUACAACAGAGUGUCGCUACCUUAGUUGCAGCCAUGCGUGAUUUGCUUAGCAACAUCCAACUUCCCGAUCUUCCUUUCAACGAUUCAAAUGAUGACGAAGAGGAUCAUUCUGACCUUUUCGAGACAAGUUUCCUGAUUGCAGAAAUGUUCAAGUCUUUGGUUGUAUCUGCACUGCUGUGCUUCAGCAUCGUCGCCACUGCCGAGCUUGUAAACGGUGGACGAACGAAUGUGGACGUCUACUACGAAUCUCUGUGCCCGGACAGCCGUAAUUUCUUGGUGAAUCAAUUAGCCCCUCAAUGGAAGACUCUUUCGACCUUUGUCAAUUUGAGAUUGAUUCCUUUUGGCAAAUCCAGCUUCUCACGGAGUUCAUCGGGUGGAUGGUCGUUCAACUGCCAACAUGGUCCCGCCGAAUGCAAUGGUAACAUCCUUCACGCCUGUGGUAUCAAGUACAGCAAAGAUUCCACUCAGGCUUUGAGUUUCACGUCUUGUCUGAUGAGAGCACCUACCUCUGGAGCUCAGUGUGCUGAACUAGCCGGUAUGGAUUUUACUCCAAUUGACGUAUGUCACAAGAGCGUGGAAGGUCAAAAUUUGGUCCAAGUUCAUGGAAUGGAGACUUUAAGUCUACAGCCGACUUUGACGUUCGUUCCCUGGGUGGUGUACGAUAAGGUUUUCGACGAUUCUAAGCAAUGGAACAGUCUCUCUAAUGUCAGAAGUGUUGCUUGCACACAUAGCGGGUUCAGUGCACCUGCCUGCCUUUCGAAUGGUCUCUAGGUAAAUCUCUUUGCAAGAUCAUUACUUUUUGUUUGGUUCACAUUCCGUUGGCUGGUUUCUUCCAAAUUUAUUCAACUUCAAUACAGUGUAGACUGAAGUGCAUUAGAUUCUUUAGGGAUCAGCAUUUGCAAAUGGAGUUUAUAUCGUUAAUAAAACUUGUUUUUGCUCUGA